AUGUGUGCUAAGUGUGGGAAAGGAUUUAACUGGAAGUUAAUAUCUGAUGAUCAUAAAAGAGUUCACACUGGAGAAAAGCCUCAGAUAUGUGAAGAGUGUGAACAAGGAUCAGUUCAUAAAUCAAAGCUUCAUGAUUAUCAGAAAGUCCACACCAAAGAAAAGUUCUUUGAAUGUAAUCAGAGUGGGAUGAGUUUCAGCUCAAAGGCUUCAUUUCAUUCUCAUCAGACCAUGUACAUUAAAGAAAAAUCCUAUAUAUGUGAUGAGUGUGGGAAAGGAUUCAGACGUAAGUCAAACCUUCAUGAACAUCUGAAAGUCCACACUGGAGAGAAGCCCUAUAUAUGUGAUGAGUGUGGGAAAACUUUUAAAUGCAUGUCAUACCUUCAUAAACAUCAUAAAAUUCACACUGGAGAGAAGCCUUACAUGUGUGUGGAUUGUGGGAAAAAAUUCACUGACAAGACACAUCUUCAUGUACAUCAGAGAGUCCACACUGGGGAGAAGCCCUAUAUAUGUGAUGAAUGUGGGAAAGGAUUCAAAUGGAAGUCAAACCUUCGUGAACAUGUGAAAGUCCACACUGGAGAAAAGCUCUUUAUAUGUGAAGAGU